AUGGCCGAUGAUGGAGUCAAUCCGAAGGCCUAUCCGCUCGCUGAUACACAACUUUCUCAGAAACUUCUGGAUCUUGUACAGCAAGCUAUGAAUUACAAACAGCUUAAGAAAGGCGCUAACGAGGCGACCAAGACACUGAACAGAGGAAUUGCCGAGGUAAUUAUUAUGGCGGCUGAUGCUGAACCGCUUGAAAUUAUCCUACAUUUGCCUCUUCUCUGUGAGGAUAAGAACGUCCCGUACGUGUUUGUGAGGAGCAAGGCUGCUCUCGGACGUGCUUGUGGUGUCACUCGCCCAGUUAUUGCCGUAUCCAUUACUCAGAAUGAAGGAUCUCAGCUUAAAUCUCAGAUUCAAAAACUCAAAGAGGAUGUUGAGAAACUUCUCAUUUGA